CUUCUUAUGAUGAUUCUUGUGUUUUAAUACAUUCGAUUAUAUUGCACGGGGUAAUGGUAAAUGUUAUAUGUUGUCACGCGUUGUUCGCGGUUCCAACACGUCACCCGGUUCGAGCGAAUCAUGCGAUGAACCGAUUCAGGAGAACAUGCGAGUCGAACAUCAGUGUCGCUCCUCUUUGUCCUCGCGGUGACUGACUGCAUAUGAUCCCGCUGAAUGUACGAUAUUUAUCCCCCCGUUUAUAUUCUAAAUUCGUCAAAGAGAGGAUCUGAAGGAUGGUUUUAGUUCACGUUGGAUAUUUGGUUCUUCCCGUCUUCGGCUCAGUGAGAAACAGAGGAUCUCAUUUUAACAGGCAUCAGCACAGUCAUGCUACCUCCUGCCGUCAUUUCCACGUCGGGCCGCAGACACAGAUCCCCGUGGAGUUCCCCAUGCCUCAUCCAGGACAAUCUCAGACGGGGAUCAGCCAUCACCUUGGGCCCGCUCACCAGCCGCCUGCCGCCACCGCUGCGUUACAUCCGCCCCUCGGCCACAUACCAGCACCACCUUUCCAGGACAUCCCGAGCCCUCCCUUCCUACCUCAGGCUUUACACCAGCAAUACCUCAUCCAACAGCAGAUCCUGGAGGCCCAACACAGGAGGAUCCUCCCACAGCACAGACACGCUCAAGACAGACCCCUGCACCACCCGCAGACGCUGCGACCGCCGUACGAUUACCCCCCGUCCCUUCACGUUCCUCCGCCCGCAGGCCUUCCACAGCAGCCUCAGCGUUAUCUGGCUGAAGGAACAGACUGGGAUCUGAGUGUGGACCCGGUUCUCCCGCAGUAUCACAUUCCCCCUCUCUCACAACAUUACCAGCAUUACCUGACGUCUCCACGACUCCAUCACUUCCCCAGGAACACAACCACAGCACAAGUGGUCGUCCAUGAGAUCAGAAACUACCCGUAUCCUCAGUUACACCUGCUGGCUCUGCAGGGACUCAGUCCGUCUCGACACGCGUCUGCCGUACGGGAGAGUUAUGAGGAGCUUCUGCAGCUGGAGGACCGACUGGGUAAUGUGAACCGAGGAGCCCUGCAGAGCACCAUCGAGAGAUUCACUUUUCCUCACAAAUAUAAGAAGAGAAGACCUCUGGAGCUGAAGAUCAGCACGGACGAAGAAGAAUUGGACACGGAUGAAAAAUGCACGAUUUGCCUCUCAAUGCUUGAAGACGGAGAAGAUGUGAGGAGAUUACCCUGCAUGCAUCUGUUCCAUCAGGCGUGUGUUGACCAGUGGCUGGCCACCAAUAAGAAGUGUCCCAUCUGCAGGGUAGACAUUGAGACGCAGCUGUCCCCCGAUAGCUGAUGUCUCGCGUAGCACCAACAUCUCAAGUCCUGUCGUCUUUCUCCGUCCCCUCGUGGGUACUUUGCCAAACGUGUGUCGUCUCUUAUCACCUCUCACCUCUGACCUUUGCCUUCUGAGCCAACCCACGACGUAGAACAGGGAGGAGCGCAGACGCACGCGGAGAAGAUUUCAUGGCGUCACACAAGACGCUCUCCUCAGAUCCACCCAGCAUUUUCAGGGUUCAGUGGGUCACGAAGGAAGCAUUGCAGCAUUAACCAAUAUAGCACGCCACACGCGUGUGCCGCAUUUAUCAGAGGUGAUGAUGCUUGAGUCAUGGGUGUGGUGUGAUGUACCAGUGAGAGCAGGCUUGCCAUAGACAUGAACUGUGACCCGUCUGUGUUUCGUGCUCGCUUACAAACGUGGAGGAUUGUGUGAAUUAAUGCAUGAGGAGGACGUCUCGAGCGAGAUCUAAUCCUGAAGACACUCACUGUGUUCUUAACGCGAGUGGAACAUGUUACCGCAUUGCCUGUAGUAGCACAAGCACACGUUUAUAACUGUCUCCGUGAGUCUCGUGACGUGUGUGCUUUCGCUCGCUCGUCAUAUCGUGCAUGAAGCCCGUUCACGCGCGCGCGCGCGCUGCCAUUUCUAGAGGACACAAGGGAGUAAAGCCAUUCGUUUUCUAGAAACCAAACAUUGAUUCUUUUCUACGCCGUUCGCGGUCGUUCGCUUUGUCGCUUACGGUGGCCGAGCUGUGUGUACGUGACACAAGUAGCUUCAAUGCUGGAAGAAAAUAUUUAUUGUCGUCUUUUCGUCAAUGCACUGUCGCGCGAUUCUUUCACGUUUCUUGCUUUUGCACUCAGUUUCCUUGUGUACGGUGCACUCACAUCCAAAUAAAGCGAGGGAGCGGACCCGUUUUAACACCACGUGAUGACGUGAUGACGUGUCCGUUACGCCGCACGCUGACUGACCACUUUUAAUGUACGUGACGUAACUGUUGUUCUGUAGCAUUUCAGCAGACGUUGUUGUGUCGAUGAUAUGACGAUGUCGUUUUUCAAUCUAAUAAUAAUAAUAAUAAUAAUAAUAAUAAUAAUGGUAAAUUGUGGUGAUGAUGAUGAUGCGCGUUUCUGCUUUUCCGUUGCGUAGUUUACACAUGAGAUCUUGGUCCAAAUGCCUUAAGUAUUUAACAAUCAUAAUUUAUGACUUACUUUACCUGCUCUGGGUGCGCGUUUUGAGUUCCGAACUAGUAUCGUAAUGUAAUCGAUUUAUUUAUUUACGUAAGCAAAGCGUGUGUGUAUAAAUACCUCAUCGUGCUGUAAUACUUUAUUGAGAGUGCUUUGCAUGCGGUCGUACAAGUGUCAAAACAAGCGAAAUAAACCCCGAGCGCGCGCUGAGCUGAUGCUCAUUACAUUCGUGCAGUUUCAUGGAGUCGUUCAGCUGUGAGCUCGUUCAUACGGACUGGAAUAGUUGUGCAUGUUUCUGCGCACACAUGCAUCGCUGUUGACGUCAUUGCUGAUGAAUCUGUGCGUGUUUUCUAAUAGUGAUGACGAGUGAGUUUCGCUGUGGUUAGAGCUGCUUGUCUUGUACUCGUUUGGCUUUAAUUUAUAGUUGGGUGUCGGCCAGCUCUCUGUGCACUGCGCUCGAGUCUUUCAUUCUCCCGUUAUAGAAGCCCAUUGGGUUUAUUUUUCUGUGAUUGUUCUUUAUAAGAGGGGCUUUAAAACGUCCGAAUGCAUUCGUACAGCUACUAGUAUUGUGGUACAAAUAUACUAAUAUUUGAAGAGUUUGCUUCCAAAAUGAGAAGUCCGUUUUUAAAAUCAUGUUUUUUUAUUGUGCAUUCCAAUUCAUUUCAGUUUGGGAUUUAAAGGGUAAUUCCGGCCAACAAGAGAAAAUUCUGCCACUAGUUACUCCACCCUCAAGUAG